AAGGAAAUCAUCACAUAUAGCAUGCACCAUCUUUCAAUUCCUUUCUAUUUCCAGUUUCAACUCUCCUUCUCUCCUACCUACCCUUUCAUUUCAUUUCCAUUUUCUCCAAAUCUCUCACUAACUUACCCAAAAAUUACAACAAAUUCUUCAUUGGGUUUUCCUUUACUAGUGGGUAGAUCCAAGAACAACAUGUAUGAAGAAACUGGUUGUUUUGACCCCAAUUCCAUGGUGGAAGGAGCCGAUGAUGGGCUCUGUCAAGCUUUGCAAACUCCACCACAGCCUCUCAUGGCAGGUAGCUCAACCAACAGCCAUAACAGCUAUGAAGAACAUCAUAAUAAUAAUAAUAACAACAAGAUUCCAACUCAUGAUCAUGAACUCUCUUAUAAUCAUCAUCAUCAUCAAGAUGAUGUGUCUGCUGCCAUGGAAAUCCAGCUUCAAAACCAGCAAAUGGGUUGUUUUAAUACCCAUUUAAUGCAAGAUCAUUGUAACCAGGUUUUGAAUUUUAACCAAGAUUCAUCCGCAUUUCCUCAAACACCUGAUCUUCUCAAUCUUCUUCACUUACCCAGAUGCUCAAAUUCUUCAAUCUCCUUCACAAACCCUAAUCAUAACACAAACCCAUUAGGGUUUGUGGGUGACCUACCCAUGGCUGAUGCAGCUUCAGCUUCUUCUAUGCUGUACGACCCGCUUUUUCACUUGAAUCUCCCGCCGCAACCUCCGUCUUUUCGCGACUUGUUUCAGUCCCUCCCGCCGCAUGGGUACUCGCUACCUGGCUCGAGGGGGAGUUCUUUGUUCGGCGGGGGUGGUGGCGGUGGUGAUGAGCAUGUUGAGGGAGGUGGAGGUGGUGGUGGUGGUGGAGUUGGAAUGUACCAAGAUGGUGGUGAUGGGGAGCAGCAGUUUGAUAAUGGGGUGCUGGAUUUUACUUGGGAUAUGGCUUGUAUGGGUAAAGGGAGAGAUGCUGGUAAAAUGACUAAACAUUUUGCUACUGAGAGACAAAGGAGACAGCAUCUUAAUGAUAAGUAUCAAGCUUUGAGGAACUUGGUUCCAAAUCCUACAAAGAAUGAUAGAGCUUCUGUGGUUGGAGAUGCAAUUGAGUAUAUCAAGGAGCUUCUAAGAACUGUGAAUGAGCUGAAAAUACUAGUGGAGAAAAAGAGAUGUGCUAAAGAAAGGAGCAAGAGGCAGAAGACAACUGAAGAGGAUUCAUCAAUUGGUAAUAAUAAUGGUAAUAAUGGCAAUGAAACUUCUUCUGUCAUUAGACCUCUUGUCGACCCGGAUCAAUCCUUCAACAAUGGAUCAUUGAGAAGCUCUUGGCUUCAGAGGAAAUCGAAGGAUACGGAAGUCGAUGUUCGUAUAAUCGACGAUGAAGUUACGAUCAAACUUGUUCAAAGAAAGAAGAUCAAUUGCUUGCUGUUUGUGUCUAAAGUUCUUGAUGAACUUCAGCUUGAUCUUCAUCAUGUUGCUGGUGGUCACAUUGGUGACUACUAUAGCUUUUUGUUUAACACCAAGAUAUAUGAAGGAUCUUCAGUUUAUGCAAGUGCUAUAGCAAACAAGCUGAUUGAGGUGGUGGACAGACAUUAUGCUUCAACUCCAUCUACAAGUUGCUAUUAGUUGACUAAUUAAUGUGGUUUAGGCCUAAUAGAAGUGGUGUUUAAUCAUUUAAAUAAUAAUUAGAACUAAUGUUUGGGAUAAUUAAAUAGUAAAGGUUGAAGAUUAAGAGAGAAAUUAAUGCUAAUUUCUAAUGUAUUGACAUGAAUUUUGGCUAAAGUUGGCGAUGCUUUGCUAAACUUGAUAUAUCCUGAUUAUGGGGUUCUCUUCGUUUAAAAUGGACCAUUUUUACAAA